CGCAACAAUAGGCACUGUGCGGCCGCCUCGCCCGCCGUCGCCACGGCCGCCCACACGCAGGGCUGGUGCCGCGGCUAUGACGCUGCUGAUGGACCGCCGCCUGCCGCUGUGCGGACUGCCCGCCCCCGCGCCGCCGCCGCUCUCCGCCCCCGGCCUUUCCGCCUCCGGCCACGCCGCCCCCGGCGCCGGGCCCGGACUGGCCGCGCUGCAGUACGCUCUGCUACUGCAGCACCAGCACUGGCAGCACCACCACCAACAGCACCAUAACCACCUGCACCAACACCAGCACCAGCCGCCGCACCACCAUCCCCACCCCCACCACCACUGGCCGCUGUUCGCGCCCCCGCAGCAGCAGGAGCCCGCCAGGCCGCCCGCCUCGCAUGACAGCGUUGCAGGCGGCAGCUCCAGCGGCGGGGACGCUGCUGACGACGGCAGUGGGGGCGGCGGAGGCAGCAAGCGGCGGCGGUCGCGCACCAACUUCAACAGCUGGCAGCUGGAGGAGCUGGAGAGGGCCUUCCUCGCCUCCCACUACCCGGACGUCUUCAUGCGCGAGGCGCUCGCCAUGCGCCUCGACCUCAAAGAGUCGCGCGUCGCCGUGUGGUUCCAGAACCGGCGCGCCAAGUGGCGCAAGAAGGAGCACACGAAGAAGGGCCCGGGCCGGCCGGCGCACAACGCGCACCCGCAGACGUGCAGCGGGGAGCCCAUCCCGGAGGAGGAGCUGCGGCGCAAGGAGCGCGAGCGGCGCGAGAAGAAGCUGCUCAAGUCGCUGGAGCGCCAGCAGCGCAAGCUGGCCGCCAAGGGCGUCGCCGUCGACCUGGACACGCUGCGCCGCCAGUGGGAGGCCAAGCACCGCGCCCACGCGCCCGCCCACCAGCAGCCCCCGCCGCCGCCGCCGCCCCCGCAGCAGCAGCCGCCGUCGCCGCCCCCGGCAGCCGACCCUCUGGAAGACCGGAGCCAGUCCCAACCCAACGACGACGAGGAGGAUAUCAACAUCGUCUCGGACGACGAGGCCAGCUCCAACUGCGGCCGAGUAUCGCCUACGCCGCCCCCUCCGCCGCCGCCUCCACCCCCGCCACCCCCGCCCACGGACGUCGGCCAGCAGGUCUCCGCGCCGCCCCCGCGCCGGUCCAACCCCUUCAGUAUCGAGAGUCUGCUGUCGCACGACGUGGACCACAGGAGACAGACUGUGUCGUCCUCGAUGACGCUCAAGUGACCUUACACUCACCUGCUGUCGCAGUUGUUAAACCACCGCUAAAAACAGUUGCCGUACGGUGAAGGAUGAGUGCAUCGUAGUUUGUUUCACAAGUAGCUAUGGCGGCGAAAACAAAAACCGCCCAUUCUUGCUUUCCAGCGUCGCUAACGAGUAAGUAGCAAAUAAGCUCACCGUUACGGUAGUUCCCAAUUGAGGGACUGGAGUCGUCGGUCACUGUCAUAUAAAAUACGCGGUCUACCAUAGACGAGUUGUUGCAGGUGCAGAGCAACUUCACACCAAUUCCAGAGUGGGUACGUAGAGUAGCAAACAGAUGCCACAUUGAGCACGAGUACCAUCGUUUUAUGUCCAUACUACGUGCUUAAGUAUGUGAAUCGGAGUACGGCACGAGAUCAGCUCACUGCAGCUCCAUCAGACACUAGCUGUAAGCCAGAUUUUUCCAGAGAAGCUAGGUUCGGAUCUACGGAACUUUCCGUGUAGUAUAUGAUCAUCCAGAAGAAGCUCAAUGCACGUAUUGAUUCAUAUUUUAUGACGAAGCAUGUACCAGAAUCACUGAAAAAAUAAUUAAUUAAACCUGUUUUUGAGAUAGAUUUCCCUUUCCGAUAACAGUAGCAGUCCAGUUUUCCGGUAUUUUGAUUGUUACAGAGGUAACUGAUUGAAAGUAACGGCGCAGAUAUCCUCCCAGCAUACAAAAAGAACGCAUGUGUUUUCCUGACGCUGUUCAGCUUCUGGGCGGAUCCAUUAAACGAGAUGAAUCGAGAGCCCGCUAGUCCCGACUGCCACACAAAUUUCUCUACAGAAGAUUUUCUCUGUAGACCGAAUAAAUGCGAAAUGUUUUGAGGGAAGGUACAGCUAUUUACCUAUAAUGACGGUGACCAAUGUUUCUCUUUUAUCAUAAGUGCAAUCAAACCAGUCAGACGAUAACUGUUAGGAAGAAUGAAACAAUCAGUAUUACAUCAAACGUCAAGAAAAUUCUCAUCAGUGGCUUUUAACCCACGUCCUUCCAAUAUUCCUCUAAGAAUGCUUCAUGCCAAUCAAUGAUCUAUCCUAACGAGAAAGAUCCUUGUCAUCCUUCUAUGAACGACCUUCUUCCUCUCAGAGCAUCUAGAAUACGUCUUCAGCAAAUGUUACUUAACUUCGCCGAUUUCCUUCAGGGAUGCACCCUAAAAGAAGGUGGCACCGGUCGCAAGCUGUGUUAGAGAUACGCUACCAUUGUCUAAUAGUUCGUUUUUCCCUUAAUCACUCAUUGGUUUUCCAACUGAUGCUGAUCAAAUUGUGAGCACAUCUUAGUUGGAAAAAUUUCGCCAAGCAUCAGACAAUUUUACGAGGGAUAAUGUCACUAAAAUUUUAGUUUACUUACGUGGCAGAAACGAAAAUGGUGUGAGACAAUGACGUACAUUCCUAUUAAGGAUAUCAAUAAUUUACAUUCAUUGUACGUUUUAAAUGUUAGUAGUAACUAAUAAUGGAAAAAAGAAUUUUCAGCAUCAUCGUCAUCUAAAGGCGAUUAGUAACUAGUGAUGAAAAAUAGAAUUUCCAGACUUGUCCUCAACUAAUUAGCUAUUGAUUUAUUUGCCUUAACGUUCAGAUUGGAGUGGUCAAUGUCUAUUUAGAGAAAUAGUGGGCGAUUGAUGAAGAUCAUGACAAAAGUUCGUAGUCCAUAAAAAAAGGACCUGCAUUAUAUGAACCCGACACUUCGCCUUAAGAUGGCAAGUAAGAAACUCGCUGAAACGUUGCUGGAGAACAACGCAUGACGCGGCUGUCAACCCGAGAAGAAUUUAUCAUGCAUUAUAUGACAUCAUCCACAAAGUUUCCUCUAUCAAGCGAGAUUCAUCCUCUAAAAAGUCUUCACAGCAGAGUUACUAAUUAAGUUGUUUUAACAUCUUCCACUAGACAGAACAGUCACAUCUGUUCUACAUGUUAUUUCACGGUUGAUAAAAUCCUAAUAGAGAUGUAUUACAUUAAUUCUAUUAGCAAAAGAGAAGCGAACUUUCAUUUUAUUGGAAAAGAAUACUUAGUACAACUGCAUGCUAAUAUUAUCAGUUACGAAUGUUUCAACAUUGCAAAGUAUUAUUGGCAAAUAGAGCAAAUGUCCACCAUCGCCAAACUGUAGUUUGUUUGAGCGUAUGUGGGUAAUCAGACAAUGUUAAGUGUGACUUAGCAACAAUGCUUAUGCAUUUCCUGUCACGAAAGUUAGAUCAAGUUCAUUCGUGAAAUCAGAAAAUUGACAUACUUACCAACGUAAAAACAUAGUUAAAAAUAUAUAUUUAUGACAACAGCGCAAAUGGGUAAAGAUGACAGCGUGAAGUACAUGAUAUAAGAAAAUGAAAAUAGAAAUGAUAGAUCUUUUGACGAUCGUACUCAGUGAUGAAUGUUUAUCGCAUAUUGACUGUAUAAUAGACAUUUAUGGACUUCGUAUUGGCGGUUAGUGCAAUGCAUUAGCAGCUAUGCAUAUCAUAUUAUGAAAAACUUGAAAAUGGUUCUGUUGGUACUAUGUUUUAAAUGUUAUAUUAGAGAGUUUAUUAUUACCUGUGUAUUUUACAACUAUUGUAAAUAAACCAGUAAAUUAAUAAAUAUGUAAAUUAUUGACGUUACUUCAAA